UCCAUAUGACUCAUCAUCGUGCAUCGAGCCCCCCUUUCAAUAGCUCGGUCUCUCGUGUUCCCUCGACUCCGUCGUCGCCGCCGCCGCCGGCCACCACGAAACAAAAGGAGCCAUAGGUGCGUGCGAGACCCCCGAGGAACCCAAGCUUCUCUACUCCGGCGUGGCCUCCUUUCCUCACAAAUAUUUUGUGCUGCUUGCUUCCGAUGCAAGGCGCAGCUGCUGCUGCUGGCGGAAGCGACGAACCGGCGGCCAAUGGGGCGAAGCCUGAGGGGCAGCAGCAGUUCGAUCCUAGCCGGAUGAUUGGAAUAAUCAAAAGAAAGGCCUUGAUCAAAGAAUUGGCUGCUGCUUACCAUGCUGAGUGUAUAGCAUCUUGUAAAGAACUUCUGCAGCUUCAGAGAAAGUGGGAGGAGGAACAAUAUGUGGAGGCCAAAAUGCCCGAAGAAGCAAGAUCGCUGAUGAUGAAGACCUCUAAACGUAGGAAGAAGUAGAUUCAGGAGACUAGCUUGUUUUCAGAGAACUCUUUGCCAUUGCCUACUAGCUAGUAAUUGUUUUUUAUAGGAGCUAGUAAUUGUUUGUUUUGCAGUAAAAUGAUAAAUGCAAGCAAACGUUGCACCGAGGUGUGACACAUGUACUCGUAUAUGACAUUGUAUGAAUUGUAACAUUGUACUCUA